GGAACCCAACAAGCUCUUCAUUCGUUCCAACAAGACGGAGCUGAUAAAGGUUCUCUUCACCGAUAUCCGCUUCAUUUUGCAGCAUGUUGAGAAGAAAGGACUAAUUACUCGCCGCGAGUACAAUAAUCUCAAUCCAAACAGUGACUCAGAUGGAGAAAAGGUAACCAUUGCCUUGUUGGAUAAGUUAAUCGAUAAAGGUGACCAACACUGCAAGAAAUUUAUUUCCCUUUUGGGAGAGGAUGAAACACUAGAAACAUUUCCUGAACUGAAGAAGAUCCCUCAACAAGUUGAUGUACUCACUCCUGCUGCAGAAAGGACUUCCUCUCAUCCAUCUGAGUCAAAAGCAGAACAAGAUGAAUGCGACCAUGGCCCAACCCAUCAGGGAACUUUAUGUCUGGAAGGUAUGACGUUCGCUAAACUGGAGGAUCACGUGUCAGUCCCUGAAAAUGCAGAACAGCUGAUGGAGGAAUUUCAGAGGAAACUUGAAGAUGGAGAAAAAGCCAAAAUACAAAAUAAAUUACGAAACUACGGCACUCCGAAAACAACUCUAUGUUUUAGUACUAAGGAUAUAUUGCAGAUCAACAAGAACCAAGUUGUAAAAAAGCUUGGGAAAGAUACUGGCACAGAGAAGAUAAAUGCGAAAUCUGUUGAACCCUUCAUUAAACGCUUUUUUGAUAAGUCAAGAAUUGUGAACAAAGGAAAAGCAUCACUUAAUACCAAUAUCCGACCAUCACCAGUCUUAGACAACAUCGAAGAAGACAACAGUGAGAAAGGUGACAUUAGUGGGCAGAGUCUACCAAAGCACAUUACAGAAAAUAGUGAUGAAUCUAAGAAGGAAAAAGAACCAUCUAAUAGUGGUCAUAGCACACAAUUACCAGCCUUAGACAAUUCUGACAAUAUCAAACAGAGCAGAGAGCAAGGUGAAGGCGAACACAGUGGGCAGAAUAUAAACGACAAUAUACAAAAUAAGGAUGAAACAAACGACGAAGAACCUCUAUCUGACAUCACCAACAUGCAGACCCGUUCUACAAAUGGGAGAGAGAGGGUGGGAGAAAUGAAUGAGAUUUCAGAAGGGGAGAGUAAAAUUGUGCCUGGUCUUAAAAGACCAUGUGAUAAUCAACAUUCAGGAUCUGAGCCGCCAUCAAAGGUCUCAAAAAGUGCAAGCCCUCAGCCUGCACGUGCUGUGAAAAGUGAGCGAGUGUUCAAAGGGGCCUUCAAGAAAUAUGCAGAUGACGAAGGGAUUCCAUCGCAAGAACUAAAGACUUGGAUCAAAGUAAUCAACGUAAAGCAACAUGAAAAAUAUCCCUUUUUAGUCGCAGAUCGGUGUGUCAUUUUACAGCCCCCACCCGAGGCCAGGGAUCAGUGGCCUAAGGCCAAGCUAAUAUUGGCAGAUGAAAAAAUGAUAAAAACGUCAAAAACAGGUAAACAACUGACACCUGACGCUAAAGUGAAGAUACAAUAUGAAAUGGGCAUUUUAGGCAUCACUGAGACAAUUGUGCUCUUUCCAGAUAAUACUUACAUGUUAUGCCAAUAUGAUCAUAGCAAGACAAAUGGAACUCUUGGCAUGUAUGAUGAAACAGUUUGCCACUGCAAGAAUUUGGUGUCCAAACUUCUUGCCCCAUUGAUUGUGAUUUUUAAAGAAAGCCAGAGGGAGAAAAUAGUCUCUAAAUUCUAAUAAGCCAUAGCAGCCAUAGCCUAAUGGUUAAUUAUGAAGUUGGUCUUAAGAUCAGAGGGUUGCUGCUUCAAAUCCCACGGCUAAUUCUCCCUACACCUGCAUCCAUGGCAGUAGUCAGUUCAUGUGGGCCUACAGUACCUAUUACAUGAACUGAAUAGGCCCCCAUGAACUCACUACUUCAUGUCUAAACUACAUUGUAGCAGAAGGUGUGCUCAAUAACAAGUCAAUUAAGG